AAUCGGUCUCAGCCCAGUGCACAACAUUUUGGCCUGUGUGUGUGUGUAUGUGUGUUUGGGUGUAUGUGUGGGUCUAAUUCAGCAAAGAAAAUGUUCUGGAUUACGUCCACACUGAUCGUCUUUAUCUCUGCAGUCGCGUACGAGUGCGACGCAGAGUCUACGCUGAAUUGUCCCUACGACCCCAAGCACAAAAGUCUGCAGAGAAUUUUAUGUAAAAGGCACACAAACAAUCACAGCUGCUGCAGUGGUGUCACCUUCAUGCCAGAAGAAAGAAAACCAGAGGGUCUGAGUGUGGAGGACGAUGGAAAGGCCUUCACCGUGUCUAUAAACCACCUGUCUCAGGGGGACGGGGUUUACUGGUGCGGCCUCAGGAACGGCACCAACGUCAUCAUCAAACUGGCCGAGAAAACAAUCAAAAGUUCGAUUAAUUUCGUCUGGAGCAUCAUGCGCUGGUUGAUCUUCGUCCUGCUUGUGCUGACGGUGAUCUCGACUCAUGUGUGCUGCAGAGGCAAAAAGGCAAAGGAGUGAGACGUACAAAGCGAAAGGUAUCCAGAUGGAAAACAUGAGAUGCUGUUCAGAAGAAUUAUGUAUUCCAUUACAAAAUAUACAUGUAUUUAGCCUUUAUUUAGCUUUUUGCACAAAGUGUAUGUUGUUGUGUUCAUUAUAUGAUGUAAGUAUUGUUAGAUUAUGAUUAUUUUGUUCAAAAAAGUAUCACCAAAAAAAUGUGUAUACACUCACCUACUUAAAUAUAUAUACAUAUAGACAAUAUGGACAAAGGUUUGUAGUUACCUGAUCAUAAGGUUGGUGGCUUCUUUUUCAGCAUCCCGUUCCACAUUUAUACCCAUUUGCUCUUAUAAUGAGCUCCACUCUUCUGGGAAGAUGUCCCACUAGAUUUAUGUGGGGAUUCAUUCAACCACAAGGGUGUUAGAAAAGUCAGGUACUGCUG